GAAACAAAAUCCAGAUAAUGCUUAGAUAGUAGUUAUACUCUAAUCCAAUUGAUUUGAUCAACAUUUUUCUAUAUAUAAAAUUCUUGAUUCUGCUAACUAAUUAACUAAUUAAAGUUUUUGGUUUGGUAAGAGUUGCGAAACGAUAACCAAUAAUAAAUGGGAGACAUCAUUAUCUCUUUUUCUAAAUCUCUCCAAUGGCGUCUCUUCGUAGCCUUUCGAUUUGGUUCUUCUUCUUCUUCGUCUUCGUCUUCUUAAUCAAUCCCUCCAUUUCUAUUCGAACUUCCUUCAUCAAGCUUCCCGGAAGCGACGGAUCUCGCUACUGCGACAGCUGGAGAUUAGCCGCCGAGACCAAUAACGUCGGAACUUGGGAUCUGAUUCCGUCAAUCUGCGUGGAUUCCGUCGCCGAGUAUCUUAACGGAGACCAGUUUUUAUCCGAUUACAGUGUCAUCGUCGAUUAUGCUCUCGCGUUUGCGAAAUCGGUUGAAAUUUCCGGCGACGGCAAGGACGUGUGGAUCUUCGAUAUCGACGAGACGCUUCUCACGAAUAUUGACUACUACAAGGCUCAUGGUUACGGGUCUGAACCGUAUGACGAUAAUAAAUUUAGUGAGUGGGUGGAACAAGGAACAGCUCCAGCUUUUGAUGCGAGCUUGAGACUGUACAAUGCUCUCAAGAAACUUGGUUUCACUAUCAUUUUGCUAACCGGUCGGGACGAGCAUCAAAGGACUUCCACCGAGACAAAUCUCCGGGAUGCCGGUUAUUCCGGUUGGGAACGUCUCCUCUUGAGAGGUCCAAAUGAUCAAGGGAAGUCAGCUACAAAUUACAAAUCCGAGCAGCGAUCGAAACUGAUUGAGGAAGGUUUCAAAAUCCGUGGCAAUAGCGGUGAUCAAUGGAGUGACUUGCAAGGUUUUGCCGUGGCUGAUCGUUCUUUCAAAGUCCCAAAUCCCAUGUACUACAUUCCUUGAUCACUAUUCAUUUCUGAUUUUAUGUAUUGAGUAACAACCACUUAUGUGUUUUAGACGUUAAUAUUACCUUUGCUCCUAUAUUACAUUGAUCUUUAGUAUAAACAUUAACUAAUACUUUCAUAUAAAGUAUAAUUAUAAUUGCUUUGUAUCUUCCAUAA